CACCUGUUUUGUUUUGAUUAUUUUGAGUUGAGUUGUAAUGGAUGUUAAUAACAAGGUUUGAAAGUGCAGCGUGGAUUCGUGGUGAAGCUGGGAAGCAGCCAGUCCUCCUGGUGUAUCGGGCCGCUCCGGUUCGGCUCGGUUUAUGCGGUGAAUGCUCGCCUGGCCGCCGGGGUGUUGCUCCCAGCGGCAGCAGCGGAGCAGUUGGAGCCGCUGAACAAAGAGCUUUUCUUCCCCGGACCAUUGUUACCGCGCAGGGCGCCUGGAAAGCUUUGGGACAAACUGCUAGCUUCAGUUCUACAGAGUCGGUCCAGUUUAGUUUAGUGUGAAGGAGCAACGCUGCGUGGAGCCUCUCACUCAAUGACGGCUAGAGAUGGGCCCCAGGCCCCCCAGCAACCCUGAACGGAUAAGCAGGUUCGGGGCGGCCUGUGCUCCAGUCAUGACCUCUGGCAACGGGAGCAGUAAAAACAGCCAACAUGAUGGAGAGAGCAAAGCAGCCCAGCAGGCCGUAGACAAGUCCCACAUCCUGACACACCUGAUUGAAGGCUUUGUUAUCCAGGAAGGUGCAGAGCCUUUCCCUGUGGAGCGUCCGUCGUUCUCCAUAGAGAGCCUCAGGAGACGUGCAGCAGAAUCAAAGAUGGAAGGCAUGUCUGCAAAAGAGUUAAAGGCCCAGCAGGAGCCCAUGUUGACCUGCGAGCUGUGCGGGAAGGUGGACUUUGCCUACAUCUUCAAAAGAUCCAAGAGGUUCUGUUCCACAGUGUGCGCCAAGCGCUACAACGUGGGAUGCACAAAGAGAAUGGGUCUCUUUCCAAACCGCAAAACCAGUCUGGAGAACCUGAAGAAGCGAGCAUUGAAUGGGAACCACAGAACCAGUUUAGAGUCUAAAAAGAAGAGUGCUCCCCCUGCUGGUCACUCUAUCCACCCUGCUCAGGAGGAGUCCAGUCAAUGUCCAGAGCUGUCUGGAUAUAAAGGAACGCCGCUGCCUGCUGAGCCACGGGCAGCGGUGCUGCAGGCCUCUGAUCUCCCCCUGCUACCCCACGGCUUUGUGCCCAGCGAUCCGGGUCGGUGGAACAUCCAGGAGGUCUACGACUUCAUCUCCUCACUGCCAGGAUGUUUGGAGAUCGCAGAGGAGUUCCGCUCUCAGGAGAUCGACGGUCAGGCUCUGCUGCUGCUGAAGGAGGACCACCUCAUGGGAACCAUGAACAUCAAACUGGGCCCCGCGCUGAAGAUCUUCGCUCAGAUCAGCAUGCUCAAAGACUCGUAGCUCAUCUCCCAGUUAGACCUCAGUUACACACAGCCUGGUUGUUACUGGACUCUUCAGGCUCACUCAGGAUCUUUGGAUAUUCUCCACAAACUUAGAGACUCACUCAGUAUUUCCUCAUUUCACUUCAGGAUCAAAAGCUGUGGGACAGCCAGAGGGACUUGGCCUUGUUUAGGCUGAUCCCUGUAGCUCUGCUAGCGUGUUUCUGUUCUGUAGAUUGGCUUCCUGCUUCAGGUCAGCAGCAGGACUGUAGUUUCCACUAGACAUACAGAGCGAUGGACUGAAUUACCGUAGCAUUGCUUCAUUCUUUGGAGCAGUGUUCUGUCAGACGAGCAUAACUAUAGUCAACAUGCAUGCGUCAGAUUUGUAUUUAUCCUUUUAGUUUUGUAUGAAAAAUAUAGAUUAAACUACCUCGACGGGGGUGUAUCCCUUUAGUCGUGUCUAAAAAAAACUAAUUUAAGGUCACAUCCCCGUACUCUAA